AUGGGCCCCCGUACCGCCUCCUCAUGCUGCUGCCAGGCCCGUAAUCUGCCAUGGGCCCCCGUACCGCCUCCUCAUGCUGCUGCCAGGCCCGUAAUCUGCCAUGGGCCCCCGUACCGCCUCCUCAUGCUGCUGCCAGGUCCAGAGUGUCUCAUGGGUCCCUGUAUGGCCUCCCAUUGCUGCUGUCUCCAUCGCCACACUCUGCCAUGUGCCACUUUCAGGUCUCCUCACACUGCUGGUGGGUUCCAUUUUGUCAUAGGGUGCUGUAUGGCCUCCCAUUGCUGCUGCCUCCACCGCCACACUGUGGCUCCACACUCUGGUUUUGGCCCCGUGACUGCCCAAAUGAGUGAAGUGUGCGGUGAUUCUAAGAUCGACGGCACUCAUCUGCAUGUCAUACUGGCUGACAGUAUUAUUUCUCUUCCCCAGCAGACUCCAAGGGCAUUUAAAUUAAAGGUACAGUGUUCUGCACUGAUAUAA